UUAUUUUGGUCUUCUUUUAUACACAUACGGUACGUAAUUCCAUUUGUGUGUCUCUCCAAGCUGCCAAGUUGAAUCCCUAAUCAUUAACUUGACACACAAACUGUAUCCCAUCAUAACACGUUAGGUGUUUUGCAUCUACAUGUUGAUUAACUACGUGUGUCCGCUCCCGUGGGGAAGAUUUGGGAUGAUUCCCGUCAAGUCGAAGAAGGCGAGCUAGUUGGGAGACCUCAGCCAAGAUCUUUGUGUGUGUUCCUUUUGCUCCACUGCAACACAAACUCCCGGAGAGGUCUCCUCAGCCGGCUCACGGGGUGAAAGGUGAAAUGAAACCCCGCUUCUUGAGCUUGUGCCCCACCUGGCGCAACUUCCUCAGUUUGUUCGUCAUUGUGGCCCCCAUGCUGGGAUCUUGUGAAACCAGUUUGCAGGAGCAACAAGCAAGAAAGCGCCCCUUUUGCUGUUCCUCAUCAUGUGCCUUCCUCCCCCCCACUCCUCUCCCCACCCCAUCUUCCUCCCCCUGCAAGCUCCUCCUCUUGCAGAAAAGACACUUCCUGAUGUCAUUACUAAAUCAAAAAGCGUCUCAGGCCAGCUAACAGAUGUUAAGAGAGGCCCCAGUGUGCUGAUUCGGUGACAUAUACAAGGCUGUGGGACGCCCCUGGCUUUGUUGUAUCAGUGAAAAUUUGGUAUAAAAAUAGUAGGAUGGAUACAGUUAGUAGGUUUUUGCAAAAAAAUGCAAAACUGACUUACAUUAAACUUUGUCGAGAGAUGGAAGUUUGGUGAAGAUCACAUCACAAAGGCGUCCUCCAUGAACCAGGAAGUAGCCUGACAGUUAAUAAAGCAACACAAAUAAAUAGUAUUUGCAGUGGUACCUCCGUUUUCGCUAAUUCAUACCAAAGAAAACAUAAAAGUCUAAAAAAAACGAGGCUUUCCCAUAGGAAAUAACGUAAAACCAAUGAAUCCGUUCCAGACCCACAAAAAUACAUUUUAUAGAGAAAAAUAUGCAGAAAACAAUGCAAAAGGAAUUUGAAAUGAGGAAGGGAUAGAACUUGUUGUUAAUGCAGACUUCCCGUACAUCCUGGCGAGACGGAAUUCAAAAGUGUUUCUCCACCUUCUUUAUGAAAGUGCUGGCACUCAUAACCUUUUUGUAAUAAUAAUGUUAAAACUCGUAUUUAAUUCACGGAAAUUCAUUUAUUGCGUUGGGGUGUGGAACCAAUCAACCGUGAUAAAUGAAGGACGACCGAGUAAGAAAUGGUGACCUGUGUACCAGUUCACCAGAAGAAGUGAACAAACUUAUCAUACGUAGGAUUGAAUUAGCUCAACUUCUUCCUACUCCUUUUCGGAUAUGUGUAAAAAUGUGAUCUACUUCAAUGUAACUUUGCAUGUUGGAAAUAAACCUAACCAUUACCAUUGACAUGACCAAACGCGACAGUAAAUGAUGUUUUUUUCCAUUUUUGUGGCCUUGGCUGAGGUCCAGCAGCAGCAAAACCAAUGUUGUAACAGUGAUGAGUGGCAAUUGCAACAUUGGUUCUGGGCCUCUCUUGUCUGACUUGGUAGAAAGUUGCUAAAACAACAAAUCUAAGGAGCUUUUUGUGGACGCUAUAGGCUUGGAUGAAGAGCACUCAUUAGCUCCUAGUUAUUCUUUAAUUUGGCUCAAAUGAGCCUCAAUAUCAGUUUCCCCCAGCUUGCACAUUCAUGAUCCAGUCCACCCCAGAGAAGCUCUCACUCUAAAUGUUUGCUUAUGUUUCCUAUUUGGCAGAGGCGGCCUAAAAAAAAAAGAAAAAAGGCAAAUAAAUCACAUGCUGUGAAGCUGGCCAGGCCUUCUUUCACUGUGAGAAACUGAGACUAAAAAGCAGAACAAGCGUUGAGGACUAAAGGGUUUUCAGAUGUGAGUCCAGCCCAGCUCGCUUGGGUGCGCGCCCUCCUUUUAUUCGGGGGAGAAUGGCUGUUGCCUCCACCCCCUCUAGAAGGGAAGACAGUCCCAAGGAAGCGUGCGUCUGAGAGGGGAAGAGCUGCCGCCGAGGCGCGGGGGCCAUCGGGCUGAUCUGAGAACAUCUGGUGAGGCAGGGUAGCUCUGGUUAGACGUCUGCUCGCAGAGGUUACGCCGCCUCGCUCUCAUCCUGCUGGGCCGGGGCUUCCUGUUAUGCCUCGCCGUGCUUUAAGCUUCUUCACGUAGGGUCAUCCGUCCCAGAGAAGACACCUUGAUUCAUUGAUUCUGACAUGAAGGGAGCAUUCGGUUUGAUUGGGGUGUUCCUCUCGUUUCUCUACGAUGCCACCUAUGGAGAACAUUCCCACUCAAUUGCCUGUGGGAACAAGUCUCACAGUUGUCCGCACUUCUGCGCAAUCUGCGUUGACUACGGAAGAGCUACCAUGGACUGCCUUCACUACCUCCUGCACAACCUGUGCCUCUCCAACUUCAACACGGCCAUGGCAGAGCUGAACACCACAGACUGGUGCAUUUGGCAUAACGUCAGCGGAUUGUACAACAACUUGAGCCUCUGCACGGAGAAGAUCUCCGACUGCCUCCUCAUCCCGUGGCCCAGCCCUCUGGUGGAGCGGAUGUUCGUCGACAUACACUCCAGCUUCUUCAAGGAGUGUCCCAUGGAGGAGCUCAGCGACCCGCCGCCGGCCAUCGUCUUCGCUCUGGUCAUCACGCCCAUCCUUCUCAUUCCUGUCAUGGUCAGUCUGGUGGUCCUCAAGACCAAGAAUGGAGAUGGCAGCUCCUGAUGUUGCUGCCAACAAGGAAGAGCCACUAGAGGGAGAACAUUUAGAAUCAGACAAAACCUACCAUAGGUGCAUUGUUUGUGGUUCCGUGUAGGCUUCUCUUCAAGGAACUAGAAGGUUCCUGUCAUUGUUAUCUACAUCCAGUGAACAUUAUGCAAAGCAAAAAGCCAGUUGAACCAUUUGCUGGAACCACUUUGAGUAGUGCAGUCUAGUCUUUUCAUUUCAGACUUGCAGUUCCCUUUGGCACAAAUAAUCAAGUGUAUUUGUAUUGUUGUCAGUCUGUCCAACAAUCAGAGGAUUUCUUUCUUGGGUUUCUUCAUCUUAUUUAAUGACUCAAAACCGCUGCCCCAAGUUCAACCUUGUGAUCGGGUGCUUCAGAUAGCCUGCAACUAAACUCAGAGCCUUUUUUCCUGCAAUUGAAACUUGCUACUUGCUAGUCACCGUUGAUGCACUAAACUGCUGAUGGGGAUGUCUACAACUUCAUGUCAAAACAUCCACACCUCCUUAUCAGGAGGAGAGGAUAGCCUGGAACUAAACUGAGACCUUGGUUCCUACGAUCAAAACACGCUAUGAUCUCCUGGAAGUUCCUAGCUUUUCGCUCCAGAAUCGAAAGCCACAUUUCCACAGAGCGCUACAAGUCCAGUACGACUCCAUGUGGAACGGUUACUCCUGAUCUAGCUUGUGUUUUAGUGCUGGGUGUGUAGGCUGGUUAACUAGCGAGCCCUCUCUCUCAUGGAAUGAUGGAAAGACAGCUAAUCACAACAGCUAAGCACACCUGAUCACACCCAGAAGUUGCUUGAACUUUAGAAGCACUAUACCUUGCGAUCAGAAAGGGGAAACCUGGAACAAAAUGUUCCCGGUUCCUCAGGAAAGUUCAUGAUGUCGAAAUUGCGGUUGAGUUUCAGCCCUAAUCUGCUUGGUUUGGAACAGUCAUUAACCUUUCGAAAACACCAUUACCUUGCGAUCAGGAUAGGUACUACCUUCAGAACUUCCUCAAAACACACGACAAACAUUACCUGAACAGUUCCUACAAUCAGAAUGCUCCAUCAAGUUCUCUACUUUCUGGUUCAGUUUAUCUCAGCUUGGAACAGUAAGUCCUGAUCUGUCUUGUUCUCCCAGCGUGCGGUGUACAGUCAGGGUGGCGCUAGCUGCAUUAGUGACAGAAACAGCGUGACAUCAUAGUGUGGUGACACUGUGAACAACAACAAACAAACCACAACAGCGGACAUCAGUCUUCUUAACAAGGGAAGCUUUGUUUUUCAUCAUACAGAAGUGACCAUUCUCGAGCCACCAAUCAGCACACGAGCUCCGCCCUUUAGGUGUCCUACUACUGUGGCUGGUACCCCAACAGAAGGGUGCCAAAAAGUGAUAGAGAGAGGCGUCUUCCAAUACUUUUGACAAUGGCAACACACCAAAAAAACCAAACUGGACUGUUUGGUGAAAACAAGGCUUAAUUUAUGUUUUGUCUGUCUGACAAAAUCCCCGAGCCUGCUAGGUUGUGUCUUUAGCAGUAAGCGUUGGGUGGCGACAGGAAAACACGUGUGGAAAGGAAAGGAUGGGGUGCCAAAAGGUGAGGAUCCUUCUUUCCUGCCAUUGUCUCAUUAUCAAACACAGUCCUUCCAAAGUUGAAAUGUCGACGACCGUCAUGAUGUCAUGACGAGUUUAAAUUGAGUCAAUAUCCGCAAAAAGACACUUAAGACAUUUUGCUCCUUAGUAAGAAAAUGUUUGAAUGACGCAAAAGCUCUUCUUUGAGCUUUCAGAUUUGUUUAAAUACAGUAAAAAGUCGCUAUUUAUGUCUUUAUUUCUGGACCAGAGCAAACAACGGCAGCCUGCUCUCUACAAAUGUACUGCAGUAUCAUUAAAGACACAUUUUCAACUGUGAAA